GGGCUGGAGAGGAAGCCUGGAAGUCUGCGUGCAUAUAAGUGGGGCUGCCUGCCUCUCCACGCCGCCGACCUGAAGGCAGAGGUCCACGGGGGCUCUGUUUGCGAGGGAGGAUCUCUGGGACAGAAGCCAUGUUGCUGCGCCCUUUGGCCCUCACGCUCACCGUGCUGAUGGUGUCCGGCUUCGAGUACAGCGGGAAGGAUAUCUGUAGUGGCCACCCUGGCAUCCCUGGCACUCCCGGAUCCCACGGCUUGCCGGGCAGAGAUGGGAGAGAUGGUGUCAAAGGAGACCCCGGGCCUCCAGGCCCCAUGGGCCCCCCUGGAGGAAUGCCAGGCUACCCUGGGCCUGAGGGGGUGACUGGAGCCCCCGGCGUUGCUGGAGAGCGUGGAGAAAAGGGGGAGCCUGGUGAGAGGGGCCCUCCAGGGCUUCCAGCUUCUUUAGAUGAGGAGCUCCAAACCACACUCCGCAAGUUCAGACAUCAAAUCCUGCAGGCCAUGGGAGUCCUCAGCUUGCAGGAGUCCAUGCUGGUAGUGGGAGAGAAGGUCUUCUCCAGCAACGGGCAGUCGGUAAAUUUUGAGGACAUUCAAAGUUUAUGUGCCAGAGCAGGAGGCCGCAUCGCUGCCCCGACGAGCCCGGAAGAGAACGAAGCCAUUGCAAGCAUCGUGAAGAAGUACAACACUUACGCGUACCUGGGCCUGAUGGAGAGCCCCGACUCCAAAGAGUUCCUCUACCUGGAUGGGGCCCCUGUGAAUUACACCAAUUGGUACCCAGGGGAGCCCAGGGGGUGGGGCAAGGAGAAGUGUGUGGAGAUGUACACAGAUGGGCAGUGGAAUAACAAAAACUGCCUGCAGUACCGGCUGGCCGUCUGUGAGUUUUGAGAAGGCCCCUGGGUGGCCGGGUAGAUAGGGCCCUGCCUUGCCGUCCAGCCUCCAGCCGGAGCAUGUGCCUGAUCUCUGAGAUGCUACAGCUCCUUCCCAGCAAAAUGUAUUUGUGGUCCCUCGAGCAGGAGGCAUUCUUAGCCACUCCCCUCGCUGGUCAGGUCCGGAAUCCUCGCCCACUUCAUGCAUCAGGAAUCAGUUUGACAUGUCCCUCCUCCCUCCCCCCAGCCCCUCUCAGCUCUGCACUCCAGGUGCCCCUCCUAACCUUGCCCUUGGUCAAGAGUUGGAGACUUCCUUCUUCCUCCUCUUGUCCGGUCUCUUCAUAGCCAGAUGCAACAGUGAGGUCCUGGGUUGGAAGUUCCCUCCAGAAUCACACAGCAGGUGCCUGCUUCCCAGGCCCCUCUCCUCUCCCUCUGCAGACUACCCACUGCCCAACCUCAUCAAGAUUUGGCAGUUCUGAUCAAGCACAAUGGUGUGUAGGAGGUGCUUCUGGGGAAUUCCAUAUGUGUGGGGCUAAGGAUGCAUUUGGGAUUCUCUGGCAGCCCGGAGCCUAUGAGGGCACAUCUGGUCAGUGUCUCCGUGAGGUUGGAGGGCUGGGGGGGGCCGGCAUGUGCAGGAGGCCAACCUAACCCUAAUAAUUGCCUUGAGUCUUGGGUUGCCUCCCAACUCCCUGACUAAAAAGCAGCCAGUCUACACCCCUAGGAAAGAUCUCACCCCCGACCCAGACAUAAUCCAAGUAACUGCCUGCUGAUGGACAUGUCCACACCUAUUUUGGUUCUCAGUGAGGUGUUCACACCUCUCACAACCCCACUGGCUGUUUAGUGAGCACACAAAUAGCAUACGUGCCAAGUCUAUGUACCCAGAACCUUGCCAAGCACUUCUAAUACACCUAAUACAUCGUAUGGAAUAGGAUUUAAUCUCUACACAAUGCCACGGGCGCAGCCUGAUUUCCCCCCAUUUUUAUUGAGGACUCAAACUCAGAGAAGUUAAAUGUUCUGAAUUGUAUGACUUGGAGCAAGUGACAGAGGCUGUAUUCAAACCUGUCUACCCAGACCAGAAGCUUAUGCUCGUAACCACCUCGCCUCUUACCGGACAGAGGCGACUGAAGUGUAAUAAACCAUGACUGCCUUAA